GGGGUGGUCACGCAUAUGAUUCCUGCCACUGGGGCCUUCCGUCGGGUCUAUCGGUCAGUUGGUGUACUGUAGCCGAUUUCUUGGAUUUAGCCUCGGUGGUUCAAGCUACUGCUGUGCAGGCUCCUCCUUCCAGUACUUCACAAACACAUACGUGCGCAAACGAUCUUCCCCGAGUUUCGUUCUGAGGGAUGGCAGCCCAGCGGAUGCAAUGGGCCGUGUGGUCAGUGGUGCUGGUUGCCCACGGCGUACCCACCGCGAAUUCUAUGAAUGUGCAGACGACCACGUCAGGGCGCGCGUUACUGAGUGGAAGGCGUGUGCCAGGAAUGGACGACCCUCCCGACAAUUUCAACACGACGAACACGACAAAACAGGAAAGGGUCUCAUGUGGUAGCGGGUGGUGGGAUUCUUGUGGCGGUAACUCAUAUUAUUGGGCUUGCGGCAGCGGUUGUGCGCGAGGUAAAUACUACACAAACAUAUGGUGCGGCUGCUGCUGCAGGCAAAACGUCCCCGCGACGCCGAACCCGACGCCGUACCCGACGCCGUACCCGACGCCGUACCCGACGCCGCCGACGCCGAACCCGACGCCCUUUCCCGACGCCCUUCCCAACGGGCUUCCCGACGCCGUUCCCGACGCCCAGCCCGACCCCCAGCCCGACGUAUCCUCCGGGCUGGCCGACGCCACAUCCGACGUUUCCUCCUGGAGCUCCCAUGGCGGGUGGAGCCGGCGCGGGCGUGGCUGCCACUGGCGACCCCCACCUUCAGAACGUUCUUGGCCAGCGGUUCGACUUGAUGAAGCCAGGAAAGCAUGUUCUGAUUAACAUCCCCCGUGGAAGGCGUUCCAAUGCAAUGCUUCGCGUGGAGGCUGAGGCGCGUCAAUCUGGAGGGCAGUGCGCAGACAUGUAUUUCCACGAGCUGAAUAUCACAGGUGCGUGGGUGGAGGCGAAGGGAACCGACGGUCUCCGUUUCCAAGCUGAGGGUGCGCGCGACGAGCAUCCGCAGUGGUUAAAGUUUGGGGGCGUAGAACUCAAAGUCGCCCAUGGGCGCACUGAGCAAGGCGCCUUGUACUUGAACUUCUACGUCAAUCACCUUGGGCGCGGUGGGUUUGCCGUCGGAGGGUUGCUAGGAGAGGAUGACCACACCGAGGCAUCGAUGCCUUCGAAGGCAUGUGUUCACCGCGCUGCCCUUUACGAGACUGCGGCUCCGAGUCAUAAAGGUGCAAGCGUCUUCUCGACUGCAGAGGCAACCUUCUAAUGAUGACAGGCGUGCGGGGUGAGGGCAAAAUGCGGCCCGUGUGCGCAAACUGUGCCUUCUUUUGUGUACCAUGAGAAAAAAAGGAAUGACAUCAGGAUUGCUCAUCCAUGCCGCUACGUUUCCAUGUGUCUCGAAGCCCUGGGGGCCUCCGCUCCAGACGCGGUCCUCACUGGGACUCGUCCCCACGGAGGGGCAGAGCGUUGCGCGAUAACUUCCCCCGCGUAGACGCUCAGCAAACUUUCGGCCUUGCGGGUGAUGCUUGCGCAUUCUCCUGCUGCUGCCGCUUCUGGGCUGCCUGCGCCGCCGCCGGUAUGGAAAAGGCAUGCCCCCCACACCUCGUGGGGCAUCUCCGGUGCGUUAGGGGUGGCAGAAAUGGCUUCUGGUUUCUGGUCCCCCUUUGUUAGGGUCUUGGUGGUCAUUUCUGCGGGCCCUACCGCAGGUGGAGUGCUCCAAGAGGUGAGUGUGUGUGUGUGUGGUUUUCCAUCUGCGGUCCGUUUGAUUCUUCCCGUCGGAUUCC